AUGACGGACACGCCCGAGGAGCAACAGGCAGCAGCCCGAGUUACCGCCUCCACUACCGAACCAAAGAAAACCAUAGAAUCAGCAUCGGCUUCGCCAGCACGGAGCGAUAAGAGCAGCGACAGCGAAGGAAAAGAUGUGCGGGAGAAGCUCAAAGACACCCAAAUUGACACCCAGCCCAAGCCAGAUGCUCUUCGCGGCCUCGACCAGCCCAUGAGCGAGGCGACCAAUGGCAGCGCCAAAAUAGGAGACCAGAGUGUGUCGGGAUCAGACAGCGAGCGCGGGCGCUUACGGCGAAAGCGCAGCCGUGAAGAUUUUGAAGACGAAGCCGAUGCGGAUAAGCAUUCAGAAAAGAAGCCGCCUGGACCGCAUAUGCGAAAAAGGUCAAGGGAUAUCCGAAAGGACUUGGAGGCUGCUAUGCCCGUGAAGCCUACUUCAACCGCAAUCUCAAGCAUCAAGGAGACCGACACUGACGAGCAAAUGACAUCGCCUAACAAGAGUGUUUCGGCCACAGCUACGACUGACAAGGCCUCUGGCACCGAAACGAGUCCGAAAAAUAAGAGAACACGCGAUCAGAUCGAGAACGACAACGAAGCCGCGACAGAGACUUCGGAAGGUGCAUCUGCGAACGGAAAGCCUGUGGAGAAGGCACAAGGCGAGGAGCGAGACACCAAACGGUUACGAGACAAAGAGGGCGACAAGUCUUCCACUGACGUUCCCGACUCCAAGACCAAGAUACCCCCAGGAAGCGGCUUUGCCAAUUUCUCCGCAUCAUCGCCCUUCGCCGCCAUGGCCGCCAAACCUGCCACCUCAAAGCCUUCUGAGAAACCCGAGACAUUACCGCAGACGUCCGACGACAAGUUCAAAUCAUCUGGUUUUGGAGGCUUCUCAACCUCGACUGCUUCUCCGUUUGGUGGAUUCGGCAGUUCAAAGUCGGGGUCCAACUCACCCUUCGGUGCGGGGAGCGGCGGUAAAUUGUCUUCUUUUGCAGGAAGUACAGCUACCUCUACCUCAACUGGUGGUGGAUUCGGCGGACUUGGAAGCUCCGGUACAUCAUCCUUUGGUGGAGCUACCUUUGGUUCAUCGUUGGGUGGCGGUUUCGGCGGUCUUGGUGGGUCCAAGACAGGAACUUCUUUUGCCGCGCCUGGUGGCAACCUUGAGAUCAAGGGUCUAAAAGAAAAGGAAACACCCUUCGGAGCAGCAGCUAUUGGGGAGCAGUCUGACGACGAAGAUGGAGAUGAUGAAGACCUAGAAAAGGGCAAUGACAAGGAGGAGCGCCAAACGAGCCAGCCUCUCCUUUCACAACAACCGCAAGAAACCGGCGAGGAAGGCGAGGAGACAAUUUGGAUGGGCCGUGCCAGGCUAUACCACAUGUCGGGCGAGGGACAGAAUCGAGCAUGGAAAGAGCGAGGUGUAGGGACAUUCAAGUUCAACAUCACCGUCGACGAACCCAAGAAAGCCCGUUUCGUCCUCCGAGCAGAAGGAACACAUCGAUUGCUUCUCAAUGCGUCUGUGACGCGUAACAUGGUCUUUGGCGGCGAUGCCAAGGGCGAGAAACCAAACGACACGCGGUUACUCUUCAACUCGCCAAACCCUGAAGGCAAACUGGAGAUGCACUUGCUCAAGCUCAAAGCCGAAAACGCAAAGCAGCUAUGGGAGGAAGUUACCAAAGUGCAAGAGGAACAGUUGUAG